AUGUCUGACAGCUUUCUUUGUCGAAACCUAUUUUUUAUCUAUCUAUCUAUCUAUCUAUCUAUCUAUCUAUCUAUCUAUCUAUCUAUCUAUCGUGGUCUCUUCAUAUCUAUCUGUCUCUCUUGGUCUUCAUAUCUCUCUCUCUCUCUCUCUCUCUUGGUCUUCAUAUCUAUCUAUCUCUCUAUCUCAAUUUUUGUUGUUGGUAAUAUUUUUUAUCUAUCUAUCUAUCUAUCUAUCUAUCUAUCUAUCUAUCUAUCUAUCUAUCUAUCUAUCUCACUAUAUAUUGCUUACCUACCUAUCUAUCUAUCUAUCUAUCUAUCUAUCUAUCUAUCUAUCUAUCUAUCGAAAGUGGCUACUGAUAUCAACACCGAGAGACUCGUGCAUGGAAUUCUUGCCAACAAGGUCCAGAUCACUUCACAUAUUGUAUCCUCUCUUUCUUUCUCUCUCUCUUUCUCUCUCUCUCUCAUCUUCUCCCUUAACAAAUUUCUUACACACACACAUCUUUAUCUAUCUAUCUAUCUAUCUAUCUAUCUAUCUAUCUAUCUAUAUAUUUAA